UACAAUUUCGAGAUUUUAUUCAGACAAACAAUUCCGGCACUGAGCAAAUACUUAAGACUCCGGAACACUCCUCCACGUGGUGUUGUUUUUUAGAAACUGUCAAAUGAUAAAUUUUGUCAAUCAAAGUGACUUGGGAAGACAAAGUACCUACACCACUUUUAAUCAGAAAGUUUACACUGAGACUUUAUUAUAUCAAGAAUUUUUAGGUAAUGGCUGUGCUGUGAAACUCCUUCUAACUUAUAUUUUAUUUUGUUAUUUUGCUAAUAUAAAAAACAUCUUUUAAUGCCGGCACAUCACUUGGCUUUUUGUGUCUGCUAUUUGUUAACCACUUUAUUCUGAGCUUUGAUGCUUUUAAAAUCAUGAUAUGGAUAUCGAUGCCGAAAUGAUUCUCUAAACUCAAAAUUAAAUUUUACACGAGUCUCUCCCUUUUAUUCUGUAUUGAGAAUGAUAAGGAUACAGUUGUCAAAUUGUAGUUUAUGUUUAGAGAACCAUGCCAGAAUCGACACCAUUGAAAGACUGUUGUCAAGUUUAUAAAUGGAUAAUACCACUAGUCAAGUGAAGUGCCGGCACAAAACAACAGCUGAAUUAACAUGUGGCAUAAAAGCUAAUGGCUAGAGCCGCAAAUUAAAAAUAUAGAAUUGGCCGGCAGCAGCGGUGUUCUAUUUCUUUCAUUGUCAUUUUUCAAAUUAAUUUAGACAGCUAGCCUUUUUCUGUUUUUCUAAGAUGAAUGGUUUAGUGAAAACCGCGCACAGAGUUAUACAAAGCUGUGUAAAAAGCACAGGGCUGACUGGGGCUUUGGUGUCCCGCACUCAGGCUCCCGUCAAGCGUGAUUUCACAAGAGGAAUAUGGCACAUGAGUUGCUCGAAACGGCUAGAUGGACCGUCUGCAGCAUCCACACUACUCCACAAUCAUUCCAAUACAUGCGGCUGCGGCUGUGGUCUGAAAGCGCUACACACCAAAGCCGACAAAGGUACUGAUUAUCCCGCCAAAUCCAAAGACCUUGGAGAAAGGGAACUAGUUGAGUUUCUGACUGAAGAAAUAGUGGCAGAGCGUAAAGCACAAAAGACAAAGACUCUUCCCACCGAAGUGGAUGGAUUCAAAGUUGCAGGAGAUGGUGCUGAAGUUGUUCUCAGCAAGCAGUUGAAAGAUGAAAUAGUAAGGAUCACCUUCAAUGUGAAUCACACAGUGGAUUCCGAAGACUUUGGUGAAGGCGAAGUUCAGCCCGAUAAGCAGGAAUUCUCAGAGAUGCGUUCCCGGCCGCAGUUCGAGGUAGAUUUGGUGCGUGGAGACACCACCCUGGGCUUCACCUGCUCGUUCCUGCAGGACCCACCACCAGCUACCGGCGACGAGUACAAUGACAUCUUUGGCAUCGAUGAGAUAACAAUUUACAAAGGCGAGUGGAAUGACAAAGUCUACGCAGUCGCCGGCGACGUACUAGAUGGGUACCUGUAUGAUCUUCUGAUGAACGUCCUCGAGGAGAAAGGCGUGAGCAACGAUUUCGUCCAGAAGCUAUCCGAUUUCAGCACUGCAUAUGAACAUAGCGCUUACAUCAAUCUGUUGGAGACCAUUUCCAAAUUCACUAUCGGCAAACAGUAACUCCGUGCCUAGCGCACAGAUGGCGCUUACCUUUUCAAAUGAAUAUGACAAAGAGGAUGUAUGUCAUAUUCAGGGUUCCAACAAAAAUGCCAGUCGCAAAUAUUUUAUUCUCGUUUUUUUUUAAUUUUUAUGUAUGCUCAAUUGCUUACCUAAUGUUAAAUAUUCCUGAUGAAGCAUUACAAUUAGAUCUUUCGAUUACGGAGUAAUUUUAAUCAGAUUUUUGUUUUCAAUGGCAGACUGAAUUUUUUGGACCUUAACAUAGCUUUAUAAAUACCAAUUGAUAUAGGUUAUGUUAUAUGAAUGGAAUGGACGGCAUUUAUUUCCUGUAGAUCAGCUGAAGAAUGUUAGUUUAAUUAGUCAACACAGAUUGUGUUAUUUGUUUACAAAGUUAGUGUUAAAUAUGUUUAGUUAUAAAACUGUCUGAAUAAAUGUUAGAAAUAA